AUGACAUCACCAUCGCCAGGAACGCAUGCUAUGCUUGUACAUAAAGAGGCGAGCCAUGUUCAAAACUUGCAGGGCUUCCCUUGGGUCGUCAAUUUAGACGGUGACAGCCUCGAUGUGUCCAUCGUCGUUGCCGUAGCACGUCAUGAACUCGUUCCUCGCGUCAAGGAUAGCCCGGUGAUUCGAGAGCGAGUAAGCCAGAGCAUCAACGUCCUUGACCACCAUAUCGAGAACGGCUGGGUCGUGUACGGCGUCAACACGGGAUUCGGCGGCAGCGCCGACUCACGGACAGAGCAGCUCAAGAAACUACAAAUUUCCCUGCUCCAACAUACCCAAAGCGCUAUCAUCGCAUCCUCAGACCUGACCCAAGGCCAGGUUGAUCAGGAUGGACAGUCGCACGUCAUUCCCUCGGCUUGGGUGAAAGCCGCCAUGGUCAUCAGAGCGAACCAAAACCUCCGCGGUCACAGUGCCGUCAGGAUCGAGGUCAUCGAGACCCUCCUCAGCCUCCUCCGUGAUGACAUCACGCCGUUGAUUCCUUUGCGAGGAACCAUCUCGGCAUCUGGGGACUUGAUGCCUCUAUCUUACAUCGCGGGGACUCUGAUCGGGGACCCCAAUAUGUUCGUCACCGUCGGAUCAGGCACCGGCAGAAAGGUCAUGUCUGCCCGCGAUGCACUGAAACAAUACGACAUCCAGCCUGUUGAGCUGCAACCAAAAGAGGGCCUAGGCCUCAUCAAUGGGACUGCACCCUCUGCCGCCCUGGCUAGUUUGGUCAUACACGAAGCGAACCAGCUCGCAGUUCUCGCCCAAGCCCUGACUGCUUUCACUUCCGAGUGCUUGCUCGGAAACGUCGAGUGGGCCAACGAGUUCAUCCACAGAAUCCGACCUCACAACGGACAGGUCGAGGUGGCCAACAACAUUCGAAACUUUCUCAGGUCCUCCAAGCUUGUGGCUGGUCUGGAGAGCAAGAAACGAACGGGUCAGGGCUUAUGGCAGGACAGAUACUCGACAAGGACCGCGCCCCAGUGGAUGGGCCCGUAUCUCGAAGACCUCCUUCUGGCCCAGAGGCAAAUCCAGACCGAGCUCAACUCAACGUCCGACAACCCAGUCAUCGACAUAGGCGCCGGCGGUGACGUGCUCGCAGGGGACGUGUAUUCAGGAGGCAAUUUCCAAGCGACGGCUAUAACCUCCGCCAUGGACAAGACCAGAACGGCGCUGCAGAUGAUCGGGCGCAUGCUCUUUUCGCAGUGCUCCGAGCUGAUCAACCCGGCCACGAACAACGGUCUCGAUCCAAACCUGGUCUUUGGAGACCCUAGCCAGUCCUACACCAUGAAGGGCAUCGACGUAAAUAUGAGCGCUUACAUGUCGGAGCUGGCUGCUCUCGCGCAUCCCGUCUCCUCUCACGUCCAGUCGGCCGAGAUGCACAACCAGGGCAUCAACUCUCUCGCGUUCCUCUCGGGCCGUCGCACCAUGGAAGCAGUAGAUAUCCUGUCGCACAUGUGUGCUGCCCACAUCCUUGUGUGUUGUCAGGCGGCUGACUUGAGAGCCUACCACGAGAAAUUCCUCUCCUCCGUAUCCUUGUCGUCCCUAUCUUCCAUGUCAGCCAUAAUUCCCCUGUUAGCAGAGAAAUGCGCCUCGAGCGAUGGCCAGACAAUGGAGAUGACAACGAACGAUUUGGACGAGUUGGUCAGGGUGUGGUGGUACGACGCAAACAAGCUCAGCCACAUGCAGCGCUGUUCGAUCGUGGCCUCGAAAGCUGCCGCUCACAUCACGGAUCUGAUAGCCCAGGAAGAGCCUGGCUCCGUAUCGCUGAAAGACAUCCUGGGCGUCCGAGACGAGCUCCGACAAAGCAUGGAAGCGUGGUUCGCCGAGCCAUCGAACACCCCCACCUCGACGGGCGCACACGUCACAGGCCUUGAAGGGCUAGGUCGGGGCUCUGCGGCACUAUUCAACCUUGUGCGCGGCAAGUUGGAGAUUCAAUUCCACCAAGGCCUCAGGGAAGAGCAGCCCAGCACGAUCGGUAACAGCGUUUCGAGAAUCUACGAGGCAAUCCGCCAUGGCACCGUCGUCCCGGCACUGUUACCCUGCCUUCUUCACGAUGUCGAGGGUAUAAAUGCAUAG